GGAGUUUUGCAACGAGUUCAAAUCAGUCACUUGAGAAUCCAAGCAUAAUCAGAAAGAGGUCGGAUUGCUGCUGUUCAAGGCCUGGACCAGACCUCAGCUGCCAAAUCCAUCGAGCCACAGCGACAAAUGAGCAGAACAAGUAGCUAAUAUUUCCCACGGCAUCAGUCCCUUUGUCAGAGGGACCACUUCUACGAGACUGUACUCGUCGAAAUUCCAAGUCAGCACUUUUUAUCAGUGAUCGACGAGCUUGAAACCCUAUCAGAGCAUGUCUAAUAAGGUCCAUCUUGAGUGCAGUGUUUACGGACGCUGACUGAACGGCCUGUCUGGCCAACCGUCCUCGGAAAAGGAAUCGUGAUGGCCGCGAGGUCAAUCAGCGUCUGACUCCGGGCACAGCAGGAUUGGUCGAGGCAAAGUUGACUCGCGCAAACUCCGCUGAGAUUAUCUGCACGAGGCUGAAUAUCGAACCAGGCCCGUAGGACGAUUGGUUGGCGGUUGCUCUAAGGAGGCUAUCGUCAGUAACACUCCUAUACACACAUCACACCCUCAAGUCCAAACCGAAACCGGGCACUGCGGCGUAGUCUGGAGAUGGACAGCAUCCGGCGCACGACCUCUCACGAGCAAAGCGCCAACCUCGCUCCAUCCUCGCCCUCCACACAGCGCUCGCCGAACGUGCAGUCCGACAUCAACAAACCAUGCCUCCCCGCGACGACCGACCCUCCGUCGCACACAAACCCGCCCAAGCAAAAGGUCUGGCUCAUCUUCGGCGCGACAGGCCACAUGGGCCGGAGCGUGACAAAAGCCGCUCUCUCGCACGGUGACCUGGUCUGCGCCGUCGGCCAGUCCCUCGAGGACACGCCCGCCACUCUUUCCACUCUCUGCCCUCCAGGUAAUGCCAACGCCAACUCAGACGACUACCUGGGCCUGCUAUGCGACGUGCGCAUCCGCCCGUCCGUCAGCGCCGCCCUGGACACGACGCUCUCGCACUUCGGCCGCAUCGACAUCAUUGCGAAUUGUUCGGGGUACGGCGUCAUCGGCGCGUGCGAGGACCAAGACGAGCACGAGAUCCGCAACCAGUUCGAGACGAAUUUCAUGGGCACGCUGAACAUCAUUCAAUUGUCACUGCCGUAUUUUCGACAGCGCCAGGAAGGCCGCUAUCUGAUCUUCAGCAGCACGAGCGGCGCUCUGGGCGUGCCCGGCCUGGGCCCGUACUGUGCCACCAAGUACGCCGUCGAAGGUCUGAUCGAGAGUAUGCUGUACGAGGUCGAUCCGUUCGGGGUCAAGGUUACGCUGGUGGAGCCGGGCCAUUUACGACGGGACGAUGAUCAUGGCAGCUGCACCGUCCCUUCAGGCGUGGCUGCAACCACGGGACAGAAUAAUGCCCUGUCGACGACGACGACGACACCGACCGCGAGUGUCAACCAACUUCCUCUCUUUGGACACUUCAAAGUCGCAAAGGCCAGCGAGCCGUAUGCAGUCAAAGACGCGCCGGCGGCACAUGCGCAGCGCACGUUGCACUGGAUGGGCAACCAGCAGCCGACCAGCGUGGUCAAGGCGGCCGAGUUGGUGUGGCAGUUGGGACACUGUCGCUACCCGCCACUGAGGCUGUUACUGGGCAGUUUUGCCGUCGAGAGUAUCCGCGACCGGUUGAAGAGCAUCAUCGAGGAGAUCGAGGAUUGGAAACAUUUGAGUUUCCCGCCCUUGGAGCCCGACCCCGAAGCUGAAGGAGAAGACGAGGGUGAGGGCGAGGGUGAUGGUGACGAGGACGACGAUAACGAAGACGACAGAGACGAUGACGAGGACGGGAAGGGCGAGGACGACACAACAAUUGGCGAGGACGGCGAUCAGAUCGAUACCAAGGCGGUGCGGAACAAAGGACAUGGAGCCUCGAGGGCUAUCAAGGCAGAAAGUAUGAUGGAUGUCGAUGGAUGAAUCAUUUGUCGCACAAAAGAGCACGGAGAAGUUUGUUAUCAUUUGAUGGUGGCUAUCUACCAGCCAUUCUCCAGCCAGGCUCUGUCUAUGAGCCACGACAUUACUUCGUCUUGGAUGAGUGGUGAUGGCCUCACUAGCCUGGUGUUGGACUCUAAUUGCCAGCUGCAACAAGGACUCGACACUCGUUCGGCAUCGGGAGGGGGUUGUUUGGGUAUCAAAAGGCUCAUUUGACAAGGCAGGCGAUCAAGGCCAGCCGUCGUUUCUUCAACAGGUGAAAGCCCAUCCGCCAUCCAUGGGAAGUUAUAGCAGACCGUUCGCCGCUCAAGUCUCCACGACGGUAUAAACCCGCUCCGCCAUGCACACCACACGUCUCACAAGGCAGGCGCUCGUAUAGUCUCUUUCCUGGAGACCGCUAUCUUCACCACGAUUUCCAACAGUUGAUCUUCGAAGCCUGAGGUAUUGGCUUGCCCAUUUCAUCAGGCCAUAUGCGUCGAGAACCGAAGCAAGGUUGAUUGAUAGUCGUACAAAAAAGGAGGCUCGAAAUCUCCCCACAUUGGCGCGGAUUGGAGCACAGCUCGACACGCGAGAUCCUGAGCACGGGUGCUGUUGACGAUGCUUAUGGAUACAGUGUUGGAGGUCGUCAUGGUUCAGAGUGUGAUCCGCAUGUGAUCAUUGCUGCCAAAGGCUUUUCCGCAAUUCGGACAUUUCCUCGACCUCGAAGUCAUACGCUCCUCGACACAUUCGUUGCAGAACGUAUGACCGCAGGUCUUCAUGACGGUGUUCUUCAGGUUUUUCUUGCAAACAUUGCAAUAUGCAAAUUGCCGCAAAAUCUCGUACUGCUCGGAUUGGCCGCUCUUGCUCUUCCACAGCUCGAGAUUCCUCCGGCUAUCCUUCAGCAAAGCCUUUGUUUCUUCGACUUCAAGUUCGACAGCCCGACAUAAACUGGACGUCUGACCCAAUUUGUCAUCUUUGGCCGUCAAUUGGUUCUUCAACUCGUUGACUUGCGAAUUCAGUCUUGAAACCUCUAGACCUUGGGUGAUAUUCUGUUGCUGAACGGUCCGAUGCUCGUUCGUCUUAUGUGUCAACGCAUCCUUCAUCUCAGCCAGUUGCUUCUCCAUGGUAGCCAACAAAGCUCGACUUGCGUUCUCGGCUUCCUUGAGCUGGGAAACAGCCUCUGCCGACUUGGAAUUCUGCAUUCGCAACGUUCGAACUUCAGAAUCUCGAGUUUCUUUGCUCUUCAUUGCCGCAAAGAAUUUCUGAUCCGCCUUAGCUUUCUCUGCCGACAAUCGCAGGACUCUUUCUUCCAUGGCAGCAAAUUCCGUCACUUUUUGAGUCGCGAUUUUGGAUGUCUUCUGGAAUGCCGUGGACAUUGAUGACAAUUCAACGUUCAACAGAUUGUACUUUCUGUCCAGUUCCAUGUAUUUUGCCCGCAAAUCUUCGAUGCUCAGGCUAUCCAAUUCCGGAUGAUCUACGGCCAUUGUGUUGGACUCUUCGGUUAAACGUUCAGUUUUCGAUUCGAGUGCCCGGAUUUGGUCUUCUAGAGCUGCGAACAAUUCCU